AUGACGAAGAAGUUUGUUAUAUUAUUCAUUCUCAUAAACUUUAGAAAUGGCUUAAUGGCAGACCAAAUAAUAUCACGAUCUAUAGCCAAAAUAACACAGAGCUUCGCAGAAAGCUUCAUCAAGCAUCCAAUAAUUACUUCAGCUACGUUUGCGAUAUCAAAUGCUCUCGCUGCCGGUGUUAAUUUGAUAACAAAAGUGCCUUAUGCGGUGUCGAGAGCGCUGGGCCCUAUCAAACUUUCUUCACAAAUCAGUAAGACUAACGUCGUAGAUUCUGUCGAUAAAUUUAUGGCAGACUUCAACUCUGGGAAAACAAAUGAAGAUGCUGAAAUGAGCAUUGUAGAUAUCCUUCGCAAGUAUGGAUAUUCUGUAGAAAGACAUGAAGCUACAACAGAAGAUGGUUUCUUGUUGACCAUGUUCAGGAUCCCCAGCAACGGCUCCGCGGUGUUCCUCAUGCAUGGGUUACUCGGUAGUGCUGACGACUUCGUGGUGGCGGGCCCCGGCAACGCCCUCGCGUACCUGCUAGCUGAUCAAGGUUACGACGUGUGGAUGGGCAAUGCUAGAGGCAGUAAGCAUUCGCGACGUCACAUAAGCCUGCAGCCUUCAAGUGCAGCAUUUUGGGACUUCUCCUGGCAUGAAAUAGGAAUAUACGACCUCCCAGCUAUGAUCGAUUAUGUGUUAGCCAAAAGAAAUACAAAAACUCUGAAAUACGCCGGCUUUUCUCAAGGCACGACAUCUUUCUUCGUGAUGACCUCUGAAAAGCCCGAAUAUAACUCAAAGAUAUCUGUUAUGGUUGCUUUGUCCCCCGUUGCUUUUAUGGCAAACGUGGUUUCCCCGGUUAUCCGACUGUUGGCACCGGGAACAUCAAUCAUACACGGUGCUUCGCAGACGUUUGGGGUGUAUGAAUUUUUACCGGACAGUAAAGCAAUUAAUACAGUUAAAUGGCAACUCUGCGGCACUGGCCCCCUAGCUUCGAUAUUAUGUAGCAACGUUUUAUUCCUAAUCGCUGGUUUUGAUUUUGGUCAGCUCAAUGUUACCAAUUUGCCUGUGAUAUUCGGCCAUAUGCCAGCCGGAGCAUCGGUGAAGCAACUUGCUCAUUACGGCCAAGGACUUAUAUCCCGGGAUUUUAGGCAAUUCGACUACGGUAGUGAUGAGAAUAUGAAGAGAUACGGUGUUAAAGUGCCUCCGAGUUAUGCAUUGGAUAAGAUAGUAGCGCCCGUUUGUUUGUUGUACAGUGACGCAGACUGGCUCGCACACACCACGGAUGUGGAGCUACUUAGUAAGAAGCUGAACAAUGUAGUUGACAAAUACAAGAUACCCUACGAGCAGUUCAACCAUUUUGACUUUAUUUAUGCUAAAAAUGUAAAAACUUUAGCUUAUAAACGGUUGUUGGAAGAUUUUUCAGAAUUCUAAAGUAUGAGUGAGUGAUAGCUAAGUAUAGUGAUGUGACCCAUUGUGCAACACAGAGCAAGGCUGAUUUUAUACAUUUUUGUAAAAAUUGCAAAUAACUCAUUUAAAUACACAAUACAAAAUAAAAGGUUGUAAAUUAAAUAUAGUUUUCCAUAUUUCAGGCAGACGGGUUUCUCUGGCUCGGCAACAGUCGUGUUGGGCUACCGAUAAACGUUGAGCUGCUGUGGUCAAAAAAUUAUAUAGCACUAGCACUAACCUAUUAUAGCCUUCCUCAAUAAAUGGGACACUGAAAUAAUAUUUCAAAUCGGACUAGUAGCCCUGAGUCCUGAGAUUAGCGCGUUCAAACAAACAAACACUUCAGAAUUUCUUUCUAGUCCUUGCUCGAAAAACACGGUGUUAUCCAUUGAUCCCGUGGCUAUCGUCAUUUUGUAAACCUAUUAUGACACCUAUUUGAGAACCGACAAUACCGACCUACCAAUUUUUUUAUGCGUUAGAGAGCGUUAAGACUGUUGUGAUGAUAUUCGUUAUUUAUUCAUAUUUCAAUCCUAUUGCGGCGUAAAACAGUUCAAAAAUAUGUAUUUACUCCCUAGCAAUCGUCCUAGGUAAAUAAGUUGUAUGUAGCACCUUAGAUUUAAGAUUACUACAUUCAACAUGAGACCUUAAGUAAAUCCGUCGCAUUCCUAUUUAUGAAUCAAGCUAAUUCUUUUCAUAUCAUUUCAUCCAAUUUCAUAGGUUCCCUUUACACAAAACACCGUGAAGAUGUGACACUCGUGACGGAAACGAUAGCAUCGACAGGAAAUUAAACAAAUGAUUUGCACAAAUAACAGCAGGGAUGCUUAGCAAACAGUUUUGUUUGUCACUGUUUACUUGCAAUUUGUUUAGACUUGGCAUGACCCAGAAAAUUUGCUGAUAUUGGUUCGUUUUAAGACCCGUGUUAAAAGUUUUUAGGGUUCUGUAGUAAAUUAGGAACCCUUAUAGUUUCGCCAUGUCUGUUUGCCGUCCGUCCUCGCUUAAUCUCAGUGACCGUAAGGACAACAAAGCUGAAAUGUGGUGCCAACAUAUAUAUCAAUAACGCCGACCAAGCGCAAAAAUAAAAAGUGGAAUAAAAUAUUAGGGAACGUGCACGUAAA